AUGCAGUUCUCAACCGCCUUCUUCGCCAUGACCCUCGCCCUCGGCGUCUCUGCCCUAGAGCCUUCUGUCGAUGGCAUCGUCUACUGGUGCUACCAGGCCGACGGUGUCAAGUUCACAGCUGUUGAUCUGUGCACCUCGAGGGGAAUGCAGACUCUCGAGGGCCGCAGCGGCGACUGCUGUAUCUCUCACGAGGCCCUGGCCAUCCAGGAGCCCUACGGCGACAGCGGCACCGACAAGCUGCUCGAUGCCUGCCAGAGUGUCGGUGGGAAGGACGUCCUCGGCACCGACAACGAGCCUUGCCAGCUGGGGGAGGAAGAGGGGUACUGA